AUGCUUCGCCUGAGGCUGCGAAUGGAAAGCGUGGAUCGCGUGGCAUUCACUUCGCCGUCCGUAAACUGGUGUCUGAAGCGACGCUUCGCUUGCUCAGGUGGUCGCGCUAUCCACGAGCGGCGUGCUUGCGGGAGACCUGCACCCAGCUACAGGUUUCGGAGUGCGCACGCGGGGCGGGUAUACGCGUCGGCGUCACGAAGGCAACCGGGGGUCAUCGCCGCCGGGCAGCCGCCUGCUCGCUCCUCUGAGCAGGGCUCUAUUACCCCACGGGCCGUAAGCUACGCUCAGUGGUACUUGGACGUGAUUGCAGCCGCGCAGCUAGCAGAUAGCUCGCCGGUCAAGGGGUCCCUAGUGUUCCGACCACACGGCUGGGCGAUUUGGGAGCUUAUUCGCGAGGAGCUGGAUCGGAGAAUUCGACAAACAGGAGCUCAAAACGUUAGUUUUCCGCUUUUGAUUCCCCAGUCGUUCCUAUGUCGCGAGGCCGAGCAUGUUCAGGGCUUCGCAAAGGAGUGUGCUGUGGUGACGCAUCAUCGACUGCGAGCAGCGCCCGACGGCGCUCCGGGAGCACUCGAACCAGACCCGCAGGCUCGACUCGAAGAGCCGCUUGUCGUGCGACCGACGAGCGAGACGAUCGUCUGGCACAUGUUCGGAAGGUGGAUCCAGUCGUACCGAGACCUGCCGCUCAUGGUGAACCAGUGGUGCAAUGUCGUGCGCUGGGAAUUGCGAACGCGCCCUUUCCUCCGAACCCUAGAGUUCUUCUGGCAGGAGGGGCACACAGCGCAUGCUACCAGCGCUGAGGCGGAAGCAAAGGCUCGUGAAAUGCUCACCGUGUACCAGAAGUUUCUCGAGGAAUGGUUAGCGAUCCCGGUGAUCGUCGGCACAAAGAGUUCCUCGGAAAGGUUUGCAGGUGCCGAGGAAACCUUCACCCUCGAGGCGAUCAUGCAGAACGGAUGGGCGUUGCAGUCGGGGACGUCUCACUUUCUGGGGCAGAAUUUUGCCCGCGCUUUCGAUGUCGAGUACCAGAGCGCCGAUUCUGGUGUUCGCGAGCUCGUCUGGGCCACAUCCUGGGGGCUUUCCACGCGUGUCAUCGGGGCGCUCAUCAUGACCCAUAGCGAUGACCAUGGUCUAGUGUUGCCGCCACGAGUGGCCCCUGUUCAAGUGGUGAUUGUUCCCAUCCAGUCCAAGGACGCCACGGAGCAGAGCCUCGUUCGCCAACGCUGCCAGGAAAUGCAGGAUGCACUGGAACGCGCUGGUGUCCGCGUCCACGUCGAUGCACGGGAUCAUAUACGCCCCGGUGCGAAAUACUUUGAAUGGGAACGUCGCGGGGUACCUCUGCGUAUUGAAGUAGGCAUGAGAGAUCUGCAAGCGGAACAGAUCGUGCUGGUUGACCGUUGUCUUCGUUCGAAAGAGAAACUCGCUUUUGAUAACCAUUGGACGAAAUCCGUCAUCGCGCGUUUAGAUGCAUUCCAAGAGCGGCUAUUCAACAAUGCAAAGGGAUUUCUGCGGGAGCACACGCGUCGGGUAGAAAGCUACGACGAAAUGAAACGCUUCCUUACGCCUUCAAACCAAGAUGCAGCAGCGUAUGGAAACGAGAGCAACGACGAGCAGCAUAUAACGGGCUUCUUUCUGGUCCCGUGGCACGAUGACGCCACCAAUGAAGCCAUUAUCAAACAGGACUGUAAGAUGACGAUACGCUGCUAUCCGCUCGAUUCUCAGGAUGAAGCACGCGGGAAGAAAUGCUUCUACAGCGGCCGCCCGGCGACGCACAUGGCGAUUUUCGCUCGCUCGUACUAA